GUGAUCCGCCCGUCUCGGCCUCCCAAAGUGCUGGGAUUACAGGCUUGAGCCACCGCGCCCGGCCGAGAGGAGGUGUUCUGUGUCUAGCCAGGGCAUCGUGGGCUACACCACUGGCUUGAAUUUCAAGUUAGGGUCCUGCCUUGCGUGCCAUUUCUCUCUCAAAUAAAAUCCUACGUCCAUAACCUUCAGGGCUUUUCUUUAGCAAUCCCUCGUGGGAGCAGGUGCUUGUCGCCUUCCCCGCUGUCCCGAUGUCUAGGGAGGGAGGAGAGAAACACUGAGAUACUGACUCCAGAAGAGCCUCUGAGCUGGGCUCCAAGCCUGCCUAGGAUAACCGCCUGUUCUUCCGCUGUGCUCUGAGACCCUCUGAGGAAAGCCUGCCUGUUACAUGGGGCAGGCCCCUGGGGUGUCUGUUAUCGUUACCCAGUGGGAAGUUUACACUUGGUUUUCUACUGACCGUGAGGGUUGACUCACAGCUUUGGAGUGGAGAAAGGCAGUUACAUUGAAACAAAACCUGUUGGAGUGUGAGGUCAGAAGUCUCUUCUCGCUAUCAUGGUGUCUCACUUGUAGGGUAGGCCCUGAGUCUGGCUUUAGUAGGCUUUGGUCCACACAGGCUGACGUGUGGUUGGGGAGGUCUUGGUAGAAGAGGGAAAGGCCUGCCGAGGGGACACACUGGCCCAGCUGAGGCAGCCUCUGGUUAGGAACAGUCCAGGCGGCUGCUCGUUCACGGGCUGACCCAGCAGGCCCUGGUGGUGGGUGGGGCAGAUGUUCCUGUUUUCGUGGAUAGAUGGGAGAGCAGGGGACCAGCGCAGUCCAGGGACUUGCCCAGAGUAACACAGUCUCUGCUAGAGCUAGGAUUCGGCACGGGUCCCGAGCCUCCCUGGUGUCCUGACCGCUUCCUGGAGCAGGCUCUGAUGGUGGCAGUGCUGCAGGAGCUUGGACACCAUGCCUGGCAGGCUUUGCCCAAUAAUUCCCCAUGUGAGGACUUAAUAACCCAAACCUUUUUUGCUUCUGUGAGAGAUUUCAUUGCUUCAAGCUGUUCCUCUAGUGAGCUUAGCAGCUGGCUCCGAGGAUGGCUCCGACGGUAUUCCUGUUGGCUUCUGAUCCCUCAUUCACGCACAGCUCCUUAGGAAUUGAUUGAUGAUCUCCAGGCAAAAAUACAGUCGCGGACUCUGGUACUUGGUGAUUCCGAGCAGCACAGUGCAGGGGAGCCUGACCAUAGUUUGGAAUCUAGCUCUGCAGCGUGUGGCCUGGAGGAAGCCACUUCACCUCCUGGAGCCCCCAACUCCUCAUCCGAGCUGUGAUUUCUGCAUGAAUCCCCAGACAGUGCUGCUCCUGCGGGUCAUCGCCGCCUUCUGUUUCCUGGGCAUCCUGUGCAGUCUCUCCGCCUUCCUUCUGGAUGUCUUUGGGCCCAAGCAUCCCGCCCUGAAGAUCACCCGUCGCUAUGCCUUCGCCCAUAUCCUCACGGUCCUGCAGUGUGCCACCGUCAUUGGCUUUUCUUAUUGGGCUUCUGAACUCAUCCUGGCCCAGCAGCAGCAGCAUAAGAAGUACCAUGGAUCCCAGGUCUAUGUCACCUUCGCCGUUAGCUUCUACCUGGUGGCAGGAGCUGGUGGAGCCUCAAUCCUGGCCACGGCAGCCAACCUCCUGCGCCACUACCCCACAGAGGAAGAGGAGCAGGCUCUGGAGCUGCUCUCCGAGAUGGAGGAGAACGAGCCCUACCCGGCGGAAUAUGAGGUCAUCAACCAGUUCCAGCCACCCCCUGCCUACACACCCUAAUGCCAGCCUUGGGCUCUCUUCCUCGGCAGCCCCUCCCCCAACUCUGCAGCUCCUCUCGCACCCAGAGGAGCUCUUUUCCCCAGCUGGCCUCACUGGUAGGAUCCUGACCAUCUUCUCCAAACCUUCCCCAGGAGAGACUCUGCCUUUAGGGUCAUCCAAGUAUCCCUGCUCUUAGAAGCGGAGGUCCACUGGUUUUCUAUAAUGUAUUCUUUCCCUCCUGCCGCAUCCUGCCCCCUUCACGUUCAUGAGUCAUUACCAGCCAGGGAAGGUCAUCCAAGUUUCCUCCAGCAUGGGCCGUAUCUUUCCUUGGAGAGCUGCUGAGCGUGGACAGUCCCAGAAAGAAGUGUCAGAGGGCCCAAGGGAAAGGGGACUGUGCCCUGCAGGCUCACCUCACAGGGGUCAGUGUUUGCUCCACAGCUGCAGCUCUGGGCUGACGCCCCCCAGACCCCUUCCUUCUCGGAGUGACCCACCCCCAGGCCACCUGCUCCCGAGAGUUCUGUGCACUUUACUCUUUGGACUUCUCCUCACAUGUGCCCUGGUUUAUGGGGAGAGGGAAUUGCUGUUGGGAAGGCAGAGCCGUUGCUGCCCUCUCUGCUUCCUGUGGCUGGAGCCCAGGCAGAGAGAGUAGGAGCCAGCGUGAGACUGAGGCCCUGGUGCCUGUCGAGGACCAGAGUGAAGGGGACUACGUCUCCCAGCCCUUCACCUUUUAAAUGUGAGUGGUUUUAAAAGGAAAAAAACGAAACCAGGCAAUAGCAACAAUAUUCUGUUUUUAAAAUAGGGACAAGACUGUUGUCCCUUUUUAGACAAUGUAUCCCAUUCCUUUUGGCUCUGCAAUAUUGGGCUGUAGCUCCUUCCAAGCCCGUGGCAGCCCCUCCCGAGUCUCUCCCAGUAGAAUGCAGCCUCCCUUCCCGGGCCCCUUCCCUCCCAGUGACUGUGGCUCCCUGGGGCCUUCUUGUGGAACCCAGAGGGGCUGAGGACUGUGGCCUGGCUGGCGGGCCAGCGUGGUGCUCCUCAGGACUGCGGCACUGAGAUGGAACCUGGCCUCAGUUUAGGAACAGGGGCCACAACAGGGCAGGAACCUACCACCCUCCACAUAGGAAUACAACCAGUAGGGCCCCGUCACGUGAGGCGUCAGACCCACCCCGUCAGCCCAGCAGGCCGGGCUGUGUCCUUCAGACCCAGUGCUGCCCUAGACUCUGACUCGGGGCUCCAGCCUGCCAUGCGCCCCUCUCCCCCUCUUGAAUGUACUCUGGUCUUGCAGUGCGCUGCUGGGCCUUUCUUGCUCAGCCAUCACUCGGCCACCCUGUUUGCUCUGGGUCUGGCUGAAUUUUCUGCCCUGAGAUCUGGGCAUAAAGUGGAUGAAACUUGAAAGACCUUCAGUGUAGAUCCAGAUGGCCAACCUGUCCUUGUUAAGUUACUUGCUUCUUGGGACUCAGUGUCCACUGCUGAGCUGAAAAGGAAAUGGAUCACAAUCUCUUCGAACCUUUACGGUGAUCGAUAGUUUGAGCAAGACUGGAGAGUGGACAACACGACGACGCUGUGGCUAGAAAGGGGCUGUCAUGUCCCAUCCUUUGGCCGGAUUGACUGGGGAUGUCCGGACAGAUGCCUGCGCGGGUGGCGAGGGCCACACCUGCACGCGAGCGGGCAGCUGCUUGCAGUUCACUGCUGUGAUGCCAGAGUGUGUUCAAAGGCGACUCUCCUGCUCUUCUGGACUCUUCUCUCAGGCAAGAAAGGCUGCCGGCUGCCUGAGCACAAAGCCAAGGAACUGCACUGAGUCUUUCUGUUGAGUCCUGAGUUUGUCGUUGGCAGGUUUACUUGUGGCCAGCUCGCUCUGCCCAUGGGCGUCUGAGCAGGCAGACCAGAAGACCAGGCACCGGACAUGCAUGCCAAAGGGACCGGUCAUCUCCUGCGGACCUGUACAUGACCCUGUGGACCGUUCCGCACAAUCCGGAACCCACUUUUUACUCACUCCCCAUGUCUCUGAGCCUUCCUCCUCUUUCUCUUUCCCUCUGCCAUCCUGACACUGAUAGUUUGUCAUAUAAAUCCCCCGGUUGUGUUUUUUUUCUAGGAAAAAAUUAAAAAGGAAAACAAAACCAAAAAACCAGAAACCACAAAUAAGAAUGGAAAUGCCAAUGGCUGCCUGUCAUUUUUGUCACAAUUUUCCUGAUUUGGUUUGUUCCCUUCAUCUCAAAGAAGCAGGAGACAUCGAUGAGGCUGUAAUUUUUUUUCUUUUUCUUUUUUUUGAGACAAGAGUCUCGCUCUGUCGCCCAGGUUGGACUGCAGUGGCGUGAUCUCAGCUCACUGCAACCUCUGCCUCCUGGGUUCAAGCAAUUCUCCUGCCUCAGCCUCCCAAGUAGCUGGGAUUACAGGCAUGUGCCACUGUGCCCGGAUACUUUUUUUGUAUUUUUAGUAGAGAGGGGUUUUACCAUGUUGGCCAGGCUGAACUCCCGACCUCAGGUUAUCCACCCACCUCGGCCUCUCAAAGUGCUGGGAUUACAAGCAUGAGCCACUGUGCCUGGCCAAAGAUGUAAUUUAAAAUGGUUAGAAGGGACUUGGCGUGGGCCAGCUCCGUGCAUGGCAUUUUCACCCCCAGAGCCUCCUAAUCCUGUUUUCACACAGGAAGCUUCUAGGUCUUUCUAGAACAGCUAGGAACAGUAGCUGACCCCUGCCCCAGGCCCAGCCUUCAAACCUGAGCUCUUCACACUGCGUCCUCUGGUGAGCUAUAGAAGAGAACGCGGCUCCUAAACUCUGGCCAUCCUGUGGGAGGAAAUAGACUUCUUUGGGCUGUGGCUUGCAGAACAAACUCCACUUUUUUUCCCUCUAUUUUUAAAUUUUAUUUAAUAAUUUGUGUGUUUUUCUCUUUUUAUUUUCUAUGUUUCAUGUUUUCCUUCACUCCCUAGAAACUGCACUUUCUUUGAAAUCAUAGGCAGUGAAUCUUACUGGGAGAGGUGUGGGGCUAGAGACAGUCCUGGGAGUGUGGCCUGUAAGCCUGCUGGAGGGCAGUGCCAGGCCUUGAUUGCCCACAUUCUCUCCGUUCCUUCUUUCCUUCCUUCAUACAUUCGGUCCCACAGCCCCACGUGUGCAUCACGGUAAGAGCCGAGGGCUCCCUUCAGGGAGCAGCCCAUUUAGGUCUCUGUUGUUGUUGCUGGGGAGAAUACAUGUCUUUCUUGGAA